UGAAAAUACGUGAUGCAAGCUCUAGCUGUUAAAUGAUUGUAAAACAACAUCAAAGCGUAUAAAUAUAUAUUCAAAUAACAUACAUGUAGAUUGUUUGUUCACCAGAGAAAAACUUGAUAUGUUUAUCAGUAUCGUUUACUUUGGUCUAAUUCGUAACCACCGAAUUUGAAAGUACAGUGAACAACAAUAGCUUGCUUGCUAACAACAACUAGGAAUUAUGAAUCCUUGCUCCGAUAUAUCAAUUUUAUCCAUUUUAGCUGUACUGGUAAAUGUCGUAUGUGUACAAGUUGAAGGAAGCCUUGGCUUUUCAGACGCAGACUGCACAUAUCUUAAAGAAAAUCAAAACACCACUCAUUUUGGAACAAGAUGUUUCUGUUACAAUUCUGGCACAGUGAUCAAAUGGAAAGACAUCUGGUCCACCUUUCAGGUGCGAGUGACAGGUGAAGAAGGGGUCUACAUUGUGUACCCCAUCGAGGGGACCAGGAACUGCUACGAGCCAGGCCACUUCCUCACGUUGUCUUGGUGCCUGGUCAACCACUAUUGGCCUCCCAGCCCCAGUGUGGCCAGGGAGAAGAGCCUGGACAUCCCACUGGAACAGGAGGAUGUGUGCUUCAUGGUGAAGACCCCGAGGGCCAAUUCUGAGCACUCUCUACAUGUCAGGGGCAAACGGUUAAAUAAAAUACGAUUUGGACUCUUUGCAUGUGGCCUCACCCUCUUCUACUUUGCUGGGGCUUUGUGUAGGAGUUCUUUGUUUUUUUAUUCCUCAGGAAUCUCAGUGGGAGUUCUCUCCAUUGUUGUCUUUCUGUUGUUGAUCCUGAAAAACGCUAUACCGAGGGCCAUGUUCAUCACGCUGUUUGGUGCUGGCUCCGGCCUGUCCUACCUGGGAUACCAGACGCUGUUCAACCACUGGGAAGACAUCACGACUCUCUACUGGAAACAUGCCUUGGGCUACCUGGUAAUAACGGGCCUGAUCAGCUGGGCGGUUUGCUACAAGCACGGGCCCAUCAGCAGCGAGCGCACCCUGUCCCUACUGACCUGGGGGCUCCAGUGCCUGGCCAUGGGCCUCAUGUACUACGGAGUGACCUACCCCCAGGCUUCCUACCUACUCCUGGGCAUCCUGCUGGUGCUCAAGGCUCUGCCCUAUGCCUACAGACUGCUGCUGGGGACAUGCAGGCUAACAGGGCGUCUACUUACCUCUCUCCUGCGCGUGUUUGGGCGUAGCAGGAAGCCCCAGGUACGCCUCCUCACAGAUGAGGAGUACAGAGAGCAGGGGGAGGUGCACACCACAGCCUCCCUUGAGGAGCUCAGGAGGCUCUGCACUACGCCUGGCUUCCCUGCCUGGGAAAUGGUCCUCCGACUACGCUCCCCACAACGGUUUGCAGCCUUUCUGACAGGCGGCGGCCACGUGACCCCGGGGGAGCAGCAGAAUCACGGACAGCAGUACGGCCCGGGAGCAGCCAACAACGAGAACAUGCUCUUCACCUCUGCCCAGCACAGGGUGCUGGGGUUGGGCGCUGACGAGGACCUCAGCGAAGACGAGAUGGACAGCUCCGUCAGGGCUCCGCCUGCACCUAGCCCCCUCCCCCUCUACACACCAACCACCCCCACCACCAUGCCCCGUCCGGACAGCUCCGCCCCCUGGCUGCCCCCAUCCUAUCCCGCUCCUUUCUACCCUCCCACCCCUGCCGCCUUCACCCCGCCUUUAGAGCCCCACGUCAUCGAGGACGUUGAGGAGGAGGACAUGGAGCUGUUCUAAGAUCAGAUUUUAAACCUCUGUAGUGGACAGGUUGGUUCCUAAUAUGGCCAGUUAACACUAGGGGGCAAUACCACUCAGGUUGAUCUUUGGGGUCGAACAUGCUGGCAAAAAAUAUUUAAGUGAUUUAUGAACUCAAUUGAUCAACAUCUUCAUACAGAAUGAAUCGACAUAAAACACAUUAACAGCUAGGAGUAUAAAUUAAGCUUCAUCAUAUGUACCAAAUAGAAUCCCACUAUAAAUCUAGUCUGAGUGAUUGUGAAUCAUAAUUCCACCUAAGAGGAGACGGGGGACUUGGUGUGCCUAUCCUAUCCUGGCUCAGAGAUAUAUGUAUAUUUUUAAGGGGGGCCUUGAGUUAAUCUGACUUUGGGGUUCCCACUCUACACUGCAAAUGAAAUCAAAGCAGAAUUCUCCAUCUCAAAUCCAAAACACUGCAUCAUAAUUGCAGGAAUCACAAGAAUGACUUUGAGCUCAUGUUUACAGUUCUCAGGUAAACCAGCAACAAUCAUGAGUACAUUGUUUUUUCCUCCUCCUGUGUGUGGUAAGUGCCUGGGGUUAUGAGACCUGCUUCCCUGCUGGGUCACUGUAACAAACUCUCACGUACUCUUCUUAGCUGUGGAAUCCAGUCAACUACUAUCUACCGCCCCCACCUGGCUGCUUAGGAAACUGCCGCCUUUGACAGCCAGAACAGCUGUAAACAUCGAAGGGAGAUUUUGAUUGGACCAAAUCUGGCAAAAGCAAUGUUUUUCUCCCACAGGCCAGAAAGAAAAAAAACGUUUAUUGUAAUUUUAUAUCAAACAUCAUUUUUAAUGUUUUUGUAUUUUGGGAAUGAUGAUUUGGGCCAUUAUGAUCCAAGGAUGAUUCUUUUUAAGGUUUGUUUCAAUUGAUUAAUAAAUAAGCCCAUCUUUUUUCCCAG